UCGAGACGCGCGUGCGCUAUCGGCCGGUGGCUAAAUGGACCCCCCUCCUCCUCCUCCUCCUCCUACUUACUACUACUAGCCCCCUCGCCUCGCUCCUCGUCCUCUUCUCGGACACCCACAUCGCUCAGCUCCAUCCGAUCGCCCCUGGCGCGCUUGCGGCCUGCAUGGACACCCAAGCCCCGGUCGCGACCUUCUGGCCGCACACCAAGCUGCUGCUCGGGCCCUUGUGGACCAUUGUCGUAUCGGGCCCUCAUAUACAGGUCAUUGACCCAAUAUCUGGCAAGAUCGUGCACUCGACUGCUCGCUUGGUCGGCGCAGCCAGGGACGCCCUGCUCAAGUCGGGUCCCAUCCGCUGCCUCGCCGUCGACGGCAGCUUCUCGCACCUAGCCACCGUGGGCGACGAUAAACAACUCAAGACUUGGCAAAUCGUCGGCUUGCGGCUCAUGAGCGUUCGGCCACUGCCAAAGAAGCCAACCGAGAUUGCCUUCACGCGCAACGGUCUCACACUCCUCAUAUCGGACAAGUUCGGCGAUGUGUUCAGUUAUCCGCUCUAUCCCAAGGCAAAACCGGCAGGCAACACGGUGCCAAGUGCCGGCAGCUCAAAACGGGGUGCCCUCACCUCGCACGAGAACCCCUCCGACGGCGUGCUCGUCCUCGGGCACGUCUCCCUCCUCACCUCCUUCCUGCUGACCCGCGACGAGAAGUACAUCGUCACCGCCGACCGCGACGAGCACAUCCGCGUGAGCUGGUACCCCAAGGGCUACGUCGUCGAGCGGUACUGUCUCGGGCACGAGAAGUUCGUCUCGGAGAUACACAUCCCCCAUUUCGCGCCGGAGGUGCUGAUCUCGGGCGGCGGCGACCCGGUGCUCAAGAUGUGGGACUGGAUGUCCGGAGAGGUCGUCGCCGAUGUGCCCAUAGCGGACGUUGUGGAGCCGUACAUCAAGGUGAAGGCACCGAAGGGCAGGCGUGGCUGGGAUGACGGAGAUAACGAGGAAGGAGGCGCGGGGGAGAACCAACCGGCGAGGAGGAGAAGGAGAGGUCGGAAGGCUCAAGGAAAGGGCAAGGAUGUGGAGGAGGGCAGCACGGAGGGAACACCGGUUGUAGAAGACGGAGAGGCAGAGGGUUCUGCGGCGUCAGGAGAAGCGGCGCAGGAGGCACCUGAAGACGAUGCGGAGAUGGCCGUGCCGGAGGAGGACGUGGACAAGACAGUCCUUGUCAUAUACAAAAUCCGGAGUUGCGAUCAAGGCAGACAUGGCAAAUUCGUGCUCUUCAGUGCGGUCGGCGCAACAGCACUGUUCUACUUCAGCUAUCCAGAAUCAGGCGAGGGCCCACCCCCAAAGAUCCACGCAAUCGACUUUGGCCACCCCGUACUCGACUUCAUGAUGGGCGUCUAUCAAACCACAUGGGUCUUGCUCGACGUCCCUCCAGCACAGGCCGGUGUAGCGACAAGCCGUGCCAACAAGUCAUCCCCGGCUGUCCUGCUCUCGUGGGCAUCUGGCUCGCAGCCGGUCGUCGUCGCCGAAGACGACGUGCCCACCCUCACGACGCUCCGGACAUCAGCUCGGCUCCGAGCUACGCCCGACGAACUGAAGACCCUCGAUCUCUACUCCGCCCUCUCCUCCAUGCCGAAGAACGUCGACCCGGAGCACGACCCGCUCCGGCGGGAUCUGCUCGCGGAGGCCACGCCCGAGCCCGGCGCGGAGGACAAGGGCCAGAAGAAGGAACUAUCCCAGCGCGAGCAGGCACGGCUCAAGAAGAAGCGCGCCUUGGCGGCGAAGCUGGCGGAGGAUAAGAAGGGCGAGGGCGAUGAGGGCGAGGGCGACGAGCGGGAACGGAAGAGAGUCCGGUCGGAUAGCGAGGCUGUUGGUAGCGAUGUUGGCGUUGCUUCGUCAGUGACUCUUUCGCAUGCUACUGCUUCCCAGCUACCGACAGCGUCGAGGCGUCCUCGAGGCUCCUCAACUCCUUGCCGGAUCGUCCAAUGCAAGCAGCAGGUAUCUGACGACGGAGACUAAGGUUGGCAUUGGUUGAUUUCUCAGUCAGUCUGUGAAAGCGCGAAAGCCAUACGGAGCAUGGCUGUCUAGAGCACAUAGGGAGACUUGAAUAGCAUGGUUGAUAGUUUC